AUGCCGCCCUCCGCUACCGAGAAGGAGCAGAUCGGAUUCUUGGUGAACUGCAUCAAGAACACCCACAAUGGAAAGGUCGACUGGGAAGGGGUCGCCAGCGACCUGAACAUCAUCUCUAAGGCGGCCGCGUCCAAGCGUUACUCCCGCCUCCUCCAAGCCUACGAGCUGAACUCGGCCGGUGAACAGGCCUCCGGAACCCCUACCAAGGCCGGCAAGGCCACCGACAAGUCCCCCAAGGACAAGAAGGGCAAGGCCUACAAGGUCUCCAAGCCCAGCCGUGCCUGUGGUCGCUCUGCCAAGGACAAGAGCGACGAACAGGAGCCCCAGGAGGACCAGGAGAACCAGGAGGAGAAGGAACCUUAG